AUGCAAAUCAUCUGGGAGAGCCCCUCGACGCUGGGGUACGUACCUAAGGAUCGGGAGAAUGCAUGGGUGGUGCUAUGGGAGGGGGGGGGGGGGGGCGCCAUGGAACCGAAGCGAGUACCUUUAAUAGAUGAUACCCCAACUCAACCGCCUUCUGCCAAAUUCUGCAGCACGCACAUCAAUGGCCAUGGCACACCACUCGAUAAAGCCUACUACUCAUCCCCGGAGGACGGUAUGAAUGGCUCGGUCCCUAGCCUUGCUCAUGGUGGUGCUUCCAUUGCCGUGUCGAGCAUCAAGACUCUUGAUGCCGAAGAUGGCAACAUUGACAAAGCUAGUGGUAAAGCGAAGAAGGGGACUUCCGACGACAGAUGCCCUCUUCUUGGGCUCUUCGGGUCUGUGGACGACAAAGAGCUUUUCCGCCAUGACAGUAGCUUGAAACUGGAUGAUGAUGGAGACCAAGGCGAGGGUGCCUCUGGGGAUAUCAAGCCCAAUGACACCACUACAACCACCCAGACUUUCAAGCUCCUUCACAAAUCGUGUGCCACUCAGGCAAGCGCAUGUGCUCAAGUGCGCAUUGGCUUCGGGGGCCAAAUAUCUCGCUGGCGCAGAGGCUCUGAGCUCAGCUACGUCAUCUGCGACGAGAGCUUCCCGACAGAGGACUCGGCGAUACUAGUAAAAGCUGCGAUGAGAACAGCCACUUCUAUGUGGAAAGAUAUUGGUGCACGGUUUAGACAAGUUGAGCGCCAUGAUAAAGCCACAUUCGCCGUCGUCUACGAAGACCUAAGCGAAGGUGUCUAUGCUGUCUCUUUCUUCCCACGGGCUUCAGGAGGCAAGUUGGUCUUAUUCGCGCCAGGCCUGACCAACACUGAUUAUCUAGCCAAUAUAUUGGCCCAUGAAGUUGGCCAUAUUUUGGGCCUCAGGCAUGAGUUUGCCCACGAAAGAGAACCUGGGCCUUCUAUUCUUAUCGGAUGCGAGAACGCCAACUCCGUGAUGAACUACUUUGAUCAGUUGAGCGAAUAUCGAGUUACCCAACAAGAUCUCCAAGAGCUGGAGCGAUUUUAUGCAUAUGAUGAAGGAGAGCUGUCCAUAUCUGACAUCGAUCCAAAAGUAAGGCCUCCUACACAGGCAGUGUGGCGAGGAAAUGACAUUACUAGCCCUUACUGA